AUGCCCGUCUUCGAGCCGCAACUUUUCCUAACCCUGGUGCAGAAGUAUAGGAUCACCCAUCUGCCGCUGGUGCCGCCAAUCCUGACGUUUCUGGCGAAACAUCCGCUGGUAGAUGGUUAUGAUUUUCGCAGCGUGAGAGAACUCCUCUGCGCGGCGGCGCCGCUUUCGAAGAACAUCGUAACCACGGUGAAGGCUCGCCUCGGCAUAAAAUGCGUUCGCAACCUUUACGGUAUGACAGAGUUGUCGCUAAUAGGCGGUAUGAGCGGACGCGAUGAUGAUAAUGAUGAUGAGUUCGAGAAUUUAGGAUGCGGGCGGCUCUUACCUGGUUACCUCAGCAAAGUAAUCGAUCUCGAAACACAAGACACGCUAGAGGCCGGACAAGUGGGCGAGAUCUGCUAUCUCGGGGAUCAAGUGAUGCUGGGUUACUGGAACAACCUUGAGGCGACCAGACAAGCUAUCGAUCAGGACGGAUGGCUUCACACCGGCGAUAUCGGCUACUUUGACAGCAAGGAGAGACUACACGUAGUCGAUCGCGCCAAGGAGCUGAUCAAGUACAAAGGCUAUCAAGUCUCGCCGUCGGAGAUAGAAACCAUUUUACUGUCGCAUCCCCAAGUAAAAGAUGCCGCCGUCGCUGCCAAACCCGAUGAACGCAGCGGCGAGAUCCCCGUGGCUUUUGUAGUGAAGCAACCUGGCGCCACGAUUAUCGCCCAAGACUUGCAGGAAUUUGUCAAACAAAAAUUGUCGCCGCAAAAAUGGCUGCGUGGCGGGGUGCAAUUUGUCGAUGCCAUUCCGAAGAAUCCUGCCGGCAAGAUUUUACGCCGCGAACUUCGAGUAAUAAUCUCUAAACUGUAAUAGUAAAAAUCGCAUAUCGAUAGGCUUAUUUAUAAAUUUAAAUCUCCUUGGACGAAAACUUGCAAAGGAAAAACAAUUAAAUUAACAGAGUGCAAUAAUUUUUAAUAUUUUUCACAUCGCCAAGAACAAACUAACAAUUGUAGGUAAUCGUUCAAGAAAAGUGCCAUGGUGCGUGUGCUAAGAAAUAUUUCUGUGUUAUGAAAUGCCUUACUGUGUAGAAAAGUGAUUAAGCGCCGCGAAUUUCCUCGCCGCAGAAAUGUAAAUUUAUUGCAGCUUGUUGUUACGUUGUUAAUUCAUAAGUAAACCGUUGAACAACCGUGAUCGAUUAAAUACAAGUGCUCGGUGAACUGGUUUUACCGCCUGAACAUAGCGACACAUCGAGAGGGUGUUUCGAGUUACAAUAUAUUGCACGAUAUCAUUUUUACACCUAUCUGCUGUGCUACGAAAAUAACUAAAUAAGCGAAGAAACUUGUUGCAUUACACACAUCAACGAAAAAUCCGCGAGCGUGCGUGCAUGUGCUCCUAUAUUUCAUCAAUGACUAACUACUUUCCUUUUUUGCGACGAUAUACGGAUCGGAUUUUUGAUUCUUGUAUGUAUUUUAUUGAAUCUCUGUAGUAAUGUGGAAAAUAUCUCUCUGUAGCACAAUUAACUCUUUAUAAAUAAAUAAAUAACAGAAGUUCUAGCGGA